CUUAUAAAUAUCUGCACAGAAGAGCAGCUGUAGACUUCUUAUCAUCUUAGAGAGCACCACAGGCAGACCACAAGUUGCUGCUGAACUGACAUUUUGACACACCACAGCCACCAAGAUUGUGCCGACAAUGCAGGAGCAGAGCUUUGACCAGAGGACAGUGCGGGUGUCUCACUCUAUCAGUUUGGGAGAAAGAGAGUAUGUUGCGAAGAGGAAGGAGACCAUUUUAGACUGCCUUAAGAAUCAUGGAAUACACUGUCAGAGGGAGGAGGUCCCUCACAUUGCGAUCCUGGGCUCUGGAGGAGGGCUGAGAGCUGUGAUAGGGCUGCUGGGGUCUCUGCUCCAGCUGGACCGAGAGAACCUUCUGGACUGCUCUCUCUACCUGUGCGGGGUUUCCGGCUCUUCCUGGUGCAUGUCGUCUCUGUACCAAGACCCCGGCUGGGCUGCCAAAGUGCCCGCAGCUGUGAAAGAAAUGACUAACAGGCUCACGAAUAGCCGUAUGAAGUGGGAGGAUGUGUGGCGCAGGCUGAGCAGUGAGGCAGAGGAAGAGGAUUUCUCCCUGACAGACGUGUGGGCGGCGGGCGUGGUGGCGCGCUCCAUGAGAGAGAUGGACACUCGUCAUCUUUCAGAAGAGGCAACGAGGGGGCCAACGAACCCAUAUCCCAUUUACAGCACAAUUAACAAGGACUACGACAAGCACCCAGGCAAAGGCACCUGGUUCGAGUUCACGCCCCACGAGGCGGGGUACUCUGACCUGGGUGCCUUUGUGCCGACCGCUCUCCUCAGGAGCAGGUUCUGGGGAGGCCAGGUGGAAAAGGAGGUGGGGGAGAUGGACAUGUUACGCCUGCAGGGUGUGUGCGGAAGCCUCUUAGGGGAUCCAGAACUGAUAGCUAAAGAGCUGUGGAAGAUGUUCUGGUAUUGGAUAGACCAGUUCCUAUCAUCAGAAGACAAAGUGGAUGGCGUUUGGCCCUUGGGGCUGGAGACCUGGAAGAACGGCGGGCUGAAAGACAGAGAGAUGCUCUUGGACAGGAUCCGCUCCGCCGCAGGGACCUGGCUGGUUGACCAUCAGGACGAAGGGACACCAAUGUGCAGCUUUUGGCAGGUUAUGCUGAAGAUUUUUAAAAAGUUUGGCUGCUGGGAAUGGGGAACCGUGUCAAACUUUCUCCACAAAUUACAAAACAGUGAGAUUCCUGUGGACAUGCAGGACAAGGAGAAGAUGAACCUUAUAGACGCAGGGCUGUUCAUGAACUCCUCGUAUCCCCCUGUCCUACGCCAGGAGAGGGAAGUGGACCUGAUCCUGUCCCUCGAUUUCAGCGAAGGAAACCCCUUUGAGACAUUGGCUAAGGCUGCGGAAUACUCUGAGGCAAUGAAGAAGCCUUUCCCUGUGGUGGAUGAGAGCAAGAUCAAAGACGUGCACAGCCCGUCAGACUUCUACGUGUUUGAGGGCACGGGGUCAGCCCCCACUGUCAUUCACAUGCCUCUCUUCAACAUCCACAACUGCAAAGAUAAAAAGGACAUAUCAAGAGAGAGAGCAGAAUACAGCACUUUCCGGUGGGAGUACACUGAGGGGGAAGCCAAACACCUCCUGGAAAAAGCAGCCACGAAUAUCCGGAACAACAAGGCCAACAUCCUCAGCGAGAUUGAGAAAGCCGUUAGGCGCAGGCAGCAGAGAAACUGAAACCCACCUUCAGAUUUUUAUGGGAUGUUUGCUUGAAAGGAUGCCCUCUACACAUUUAAAAAUAAUUACGUCAAUACAGCAUUUCAACAUUGUGAAUCGACAAUAGCAAUAAUCCAUGCAACCACUUUGGCAUCUUGAGCAUUGGCAAUAUUGAGCAUUGAUGGUAGCCAACGAAAUGACAUAUUAAGUCUAAAAAAUUCUGUAUGGUCUAGUAAG